CUGUCUUGUAUCUCCUUCUUGAAGUGGCGCGUUCUACACAUUAGUGUCGGAUUUAGGUUUUUUGUUGGUUGUGGUCAAAUCUCGGUAUGUAAUCUAGUAAUAAAUAUGACUGGACGACUAGUUUUUUUCAUACAUAUUUGUUACUUUUCUUUUGCUCACGGAAGAUACUUUACAGCAAAUUUGCGAGUGCAAUAGGACGCAUAUAUAUAUAUAUAUAUAUAUAUAUAUAUAUAUAUAUAUCAGCAUUCCGGUUGUGUGGUUCGAAAAAUUCUCUUUUGAUUAUUGUGUUUUAAGGUCUAGGGUUUCUGUUGUUUUCUCGAGUGAUAAGUAGGUUAACAUGGAGUUGGUUUCGUUUCUUUAGUCGUUGGCGUGGUACUGGGACACCUUUAGUCGCGGUUGUUUGUCUGAAAGUCUAAACAACUAGUCUACGCUCUUAAUUUUAACCGACAAUUAGGUUGUAUGCACUUAAUUAUUUUCGCUUGAUGAGACUACGAUUUAUAUGCGACCUUCGGGCGACGCUAAAAUAACUAUGGAAUAUCCACAAACUCACUAUGGUUAAAUGAGGGUUAUUGGUUAGUGUGAAGAAUUAGAGUUAGGGUUACAGUUGAACAUUAGGAUUGGGAAUUAGAUUUAUUGUUUUCAUCUCGAACUGACAUAAUUUAUAAUGUCAAAAUAAUAUCGAACCAAAUGAAUAGAUAAAAUUCGCGCGAAGAUUGAAGGCCUGAUAUCAAAUUUAAUUAGUCUAGCCAUAAAUUAUAGUCUCACUCAUGUGUGGAAAUUCCACAUUAUUUCUGUCAUGCAGAGUAAGGUAAAUCCCAAUUUGCUAUCUAAUAUCUGUUACAAGCUUGUAUGAAUCAACUGAUUUCUUUGUACUUGCUUCUUGCUUUGGUACAGUUCCUAGAAUUUAAUUAAGUAAAAUGGAUGGUAUUCUAGUCACCUGACCAAUAAUUCUAGUCAUUGUGGUAUUCAUUUGUGGCUUUGUUUAUUUUGUAGCUAAGUGCCUUUGUCUCAGGGCUGUAGGGUUUCCGGAUGCCAGCAGCUAUUAAGUUACCAGUCAGGAGGUUGGUUGGUUGCAAUAAGAGUGACAAUUCGAGUAUUGAGAGGAGACAAUUAUUUCACGAAUAAAUAAACACUUUAAUUAAUUGAUGUGUAAGAAAAUGAGACUGAAAAUAUAAAAGUAGUAGUUACGAGUUAUGCGGUCAUGAUAACCGUGGUAAUUUAUAAGACAUGUGUCAGACACUGCUGGUCCAAGAGGGAGAUGGUGAUCCAUGGGUGAGCAGGCUUUUGUCAAAUCUCCCGAAGCUAUCCAAUGAGGGGGCUGUGUUCACUUAUUUACUUAUUUAUUUGAACACGAAUAUUGGUACAAGGGGGCACCAGAUAAAUAUGGGCCGCACAAGUUGUGUGAGGGUUGUGAUACUGUCCGGGUGCGCAAACCGAAGCAGGUGGUUUUCUUAGGGGGCCACGUCCGCAACCUUUGACAUAAAAGUCUGAUCCACAGGGCAGUGGAGCAAUGUAUGGAGAUGCGAUCCCAUGGUAGUCGGUAACCAACGAUUGGUUCAUAUGCCAUUUGUUCCCUCAGGAUUCUGGAUUCAUGUGCACUAUUGUAUUGGAAUCAAGGUUUUCCAACUCCCCUAGGUGGACUCUCCGUGUCCACCAACCUGGAUAAAGCGCCAGAGCUUCGCUUUUCGUCCUCUUAAUUUCGUAGACAACACCCUCGCCGAGAGAAGGCAGUGAGUAGGACUUCCAUGGCGGUGGUUCCAUGCACAUGGCCAUGUGAGAGCAUUUCGAAAGGGAAAGCGGACUCUCCCCACUCUUGGCCAUACCAGGGGAUUUGGGGGCUGUGUUCACUUAGGCUGGGAGAGCAUUCAAAAUUUAGGAAAAUUGUAACUUGGGUAAAGUGAAAACGUAACUAAGCGUUUGCCUUUUGAUUUGCAAUCUUGCGAAGGUUGUCUGGAGAAGCGUGGUGAUGAUGUCCUGGUAAUAUCUUUGCGUUGGGUGGUCUCGUUUACUUCAUAUGUAUUCCACUAUAAGAUUACCUCUUAUCUCCCUGUAGCCCAGCGAGAAUAAUCUCAGGUGUUAGUCUGUCGUACGAUAUAUGUUUUAACCCUACCACAAAUGUAACUUUCCAUCUUUGUCCUUCGUUCAAGAGAUUUGUGUCUCGAAGAACUGGGGCACUACUACAUCGUGGACUUCUAGCUGAGGCGCUGCGUACGUUUUGAAGUGUUGGUAACAACUCUGGGAUAAUUGCGCCAAGUUCUUCACACAUGAAGUUUGUUUAUUUCUUGAACACGUAUACAUUGGUUCGAGGGGACACCAAGUACGUUGCUCCCAACAAUAACAAAGAGGUCGCAAAAAAAAUACAGAAUGUAAAGUGCAUACAAUGAUAAAGAAGGACAACAACCAACAUAAAUUACUGUAUGAGUGAAAUAACAAUAAUAAUGAGAAAAUCAGUGCAGUUAGGAAAAAUACAAAAGGAAAAAAAUUUUCAGUUAGAGAAGUUCACUUUUAUGAAGAACGUAAAAUAAAGUUUCAUCAAGAUCGCCACUGGCUUCUAUACUUAUCUAUGUCUGAUAACAUUUCUAGCCAGUUUUGCUCCAUCUCUAGGGCACCAACCAAGGAGUUUUGAAAGUUCAACAGAAGCCAGUCCUUUACAGCUUUCUGUGGGUCGAUGCGUUUGACUACUUCACUACCUGUCCUUAGUUCAUGUGUUGACGCAGGCCAGUCCUGAAGAAACCACUUGCAUUUAAAGGAGGAGAAGCGCAUCCCAAACAUCCUGGCAUUUUUGCUCAGUACUACCAAAAUACUGAAUUUUAUCAGCGUCUUCAACAAACAGGACUAUAUCACCAUUAUCUGUUCGCUGAACUGGAAUACUAAAAUACCCACCUAAAUGUCUUUAUGUUUGGUUUAAGCUACCUACCUGGGCAUGAAAGUCACCUGCUACGAGUACUAUGUCUGAACGUUUAGCUUUCUGUAAAAUUGAUCUUUCACUUCAAUCCGAGCUGCAGUCAGUGGGAGCGUAGGCAGAAACGACAAAAAGGCAACGACGUGUGUCCCUAUCCUUCCGAGUUCUUACGGAGCUGUUUAGUCGAACAGUACAUAGACGACCGUUAACGGGGAUCCACUCUAAUAGUGCUUGUUCUGCCCGCGUACUUGGUGCUAUGCCUACACCUGCCAGUCCACGAGAACUAGCCAACGGGUCGCCAGAUACACGGAGGGUGUAUCUCGUUGGCUCUCCGUUUUGCCGAGGUGAGGUCAAAUGAAUGAUCACACUAGGAUCUUGUUUGCGUGUUACGGAGACACAUCACACAUCAAUGUUACGAGAUUCUAGGGUUUUAGCCAAGGAAGUCUGCUGACCGAUUUGACUUAGGGUGCGUACGUUGAAGGCUCCAAUGUAUAGUUUGGAGCGACGUUUCAGUAGACCUGGGACAGUGUUUUGUGCACUAGAACCGUUGGCUAUGGUGACACUUGAGGGGGAAGCCGAAAAAGGAAGUUUAGAGGUGAAAGUCGAUGUAGGAGGAAUAAUAGAAAGUGAAGACGGAGGUUGAUUAUGAAUACAGUGGUCUUGAGUGUUGUUAGAGGUAUGAGGGCGGUUAUCACUUCCCGGUCGCCCACACCGUGGAAGGGUUGUUCUGGAGGUACCUGAAAAAAAAAUGGGAUUAGAGGUGGUCUUAGUGACCUGGGAGCGUGACCGCAGUGCCCAAGGGACAACUGCUUGAGGUCGGUCACACACGACCUUUUUAUGGGCAAUUUUUGUGUUAGCUCCGUACUUGUUGAGUAGGGAUUUUCUGACAGUUGCUGUAUAUACAUGGCUAUGUAGAAGCUUUUCGAGAGGGAGACGGAUUGUCUCCACCCUCGACCGUAACGGGGCAUUCGGGAGCAUAAUAUAUAGAGUUGCUUUUGCCUUGGCUUCAUCUUCCGUGUAAUUUGAACGUUGUUUAGUCUCUGUAGUUACAAGCUCGAGGUCGCUCUCUGAAGAGACAAUUGUUAGCGGAUUGUUCUUUGCGAAACUCCUGAUGUUGAAACCUCCCAACUUGCGUGCACUCUAUUUAUCUUGUUCCUUAAAUAGUUUCAGAUCUAGGAUAAAAGUGGGCCAUUAAUACUGCAAUGUUUGCUAUGAAAAGUACAUGAAGUACUGUGUCAAAGGCUUUUGCGAAAUCGAGGAAUGUUGCAUUAACUGGUAUCUUAUGGUCCCAUUAGGUCGUCCAGAUUCCCCAUACUAUGAGGAGAUUGGUUGCAUAUGACCUACCUUUCUUGAACUCGUUUCGAGCUUCGUGGAGGAUGUUGUUUUUAUCCGUAUAUUCCCUCAUUUGUUCAUUCACCAGUCCUUCGAGAGUAUUAGGAUUGAUGCAAUCGGUCGGUAACUAAAUUUUUUCUGUCCCCCCUUUUAAGAUUGUAGUAAGAGUGGCCUGCUUCCAUUCUCUUGGGAGUUGGUGCGAAUCUAGUGAGUGCAUGAACAGGUCUCACACCAUUGUGUUAAUGUCUUAUGCUCACUGUUUCAGGAUUAUAGGUAGAUGCGGAGACUUAAUGGUUGUGAGAUGUUACUGACGGGAUAGCCUAAAAACGCUAAUAAUCGUAGUGCUGUGAAGGUCCAUGCUGCAUGAUAGCCAACGCCACUGUUGCAUAUCGUGUUUGUGGGCUAAAGUGGUACUCUUUCCCAUCAUUGUACAUUAUUUGUCCCACUCAUUUUUAUCAAAGGUUGUCCUGCCGUCGAAUAAGCUACUCUCUGACACUGGGACACUAAACAGAAUCAGAAGAUUUUGUCUAGCAUCUUUGUCCCCUCCCUCUUUUGUUAGUUCAGUUGGUGUGUUUUCUGUACAAUUGAGAAAAUGUACCAGAACCACGAACAGGGAUGACUUAGUGCAAACCCAUAGUACUGCCUAGGUACUGCUGUAUCGCAGUGAAAGUGAACCCAUCCACUUCAAAACUUACACUCAAAUGACAAGUCACUGGUUUUUACGGGUGACGGGCAUGCGAUUCAAUUAUCGUUUUUGUGCUGUUUUUCUCUAAUAGUAGGCAAUGCGAGCAAUUUAGGACGACCUGUUUCUGUUUUGCAUGCUAGUCUUACUAGGAGUAGAGACCUGGGUAGGAGUGUGAUCCUGAUUACUUAGUGAGAAGUCCAGUUUCGUCGUUUAAGUUGAGUGAUCCAUGUUGAACACAUUUCCCGAAGAUUUUUUCUGGUGUCUUCUUGAGCUUUCUUAUGAUCUUGUUUCUAGAAACGAGGAUUUUUGACUUAUUAAUAACAUCUAAAUUAAAACCUCUUCCUCUGAUAGUCGUCCUUGUAGUUAUAAUAUUAGCAAUGGUGAAAACAUUAUUACUGUGCAUGCCAUUUAAUAGAUUAAAAGGUAAAAUGUGAGACAAUUUAGGGAGGAAGUACUCGAGAAAAAAGUUCCAGAGGAGGAAAAUAAUAGAGAUAAGUGAAUAUAUUCUACGCAAGAAUAGAACCUGAGAGACUUAAAUUGCCAUGUUAUUUUUGACCGUUCUAGUAAACAACUUCUCAUGGAUUCAGUAACUUAUCUACAAGUCCUUUGUUUGCAAGCAAAUGGAUGUGUUUUUGUCUCAUUUGAAGCAACUAGGAAGAGGGCUAUACCUACCGCUCAGUUGUUCAGUCUUGGUAUGAUUAUGGUCGAAUUUGUUGUUAUGGUUGUCUACCAGCGAGACGAAGACUCAAUAUGUAUACUUAGAAGCGUUUAAAUAUUCCAAUGUAGUAUUGGAAGGGUGAAUAUUUCCAGUUAUUGGUGGGAAAUCACGUCAAACUCGAAAAGCGCGCAGUUAUCAAACUGUUAAUGCUCAAAAACGCAGAAGAUUGCGCUAGUUUUUCACAAAAAUUAGAGAUAGUUUAUUACACGUCAUUUGAAAAAAGUCAGUGUAUUCUGGUUUAAUUACACCUUACAUAAUUCACUACAUUUGUACGAGGCAUUUGGUGUAAAAAUCCAUCUUUUAUCCACAUAAUCUCAACGUUAGAGGAAAGUGCCAUAAAUAUGAUUAAUCUCGAAAAGUUGAUUUAAUUCUACAAAAUAAAUUUCUUCAGUAUGGAAUUUUGUCUAAUUCCCAACGCACUUUUCCAGCAAGUGCAUAAGCAAACAUUAUGAAAUACAAAUUAGGACAUAAUUAUUCCCUAAAUCAUUUGGUUAUUCCCUAGGUUUCUAAUCUGUCUAUACGAUAGAUUCUCAAUUUUAGGCUUUUUUAUUUUCCAGUAGAUCCCAUAAACUAUUUGAGACUAUAUAGUUUAUAUUGUGUCGGCACAUAUCCAUGUAACAGUAAAGAAUAUAAUUGGAUCUUAGAUAUUUUGAUCUCGCACUUCAUUACUCAUAACAGAUGAUCAGUGUUGCAUAACAUUAUUUUCACGUACUCCUUUCAACAUUCAAAUGCUAUGCUAUAUAUCUCUAGAAAAACCGUAUUACAACAAAAAGUACAAGUUGUUCAGUUAAAAUAAACUAUCCAAAGGAACAGGAAUUAGUUUCUGACUAAGCAGAGUUGCCCAACCCCACUAUUUUUCUCUAACUUUGUCAUCAAUGGCAGUCUGGAAACUCCUCAGAAGGAAGUACAUAAUAGAGGUGGUGACGAUGGUGAUGUGAAUCUCUUAUCUUCAUAAAAUUUUCUGUCAUCGGUAUGUGAAUGAUUUUGUUUUAUUGUGCGAUGAUAUUUCAGGCCACGAGAAUCGCACUUGAUUAGUUGACAAUCAGCAUCCGUAGGUAUGAUGUGUACUUUACAUCUAAAUACAAAGUACUUUCACGAAACUGGGAAAAGCUUGUGCUGGAGCUCAUCCUUUGAUGAUCCGUUAAAAGUAGUCAGAAAGCUUGUGUAGCUUGGUAGUUCUGUGAGUGCUAUUGGUAUUGUGAUUGACGAAAUUUAAGAACAUAUGACUAAAGCCAGAAUGGCUUAUACCAAUCUGGGCCAUGUUUGUCGUCAUCGCGGGGUUAUUGUGGUCGGGUCAACAACGUAUCGGUGAGAGUGUGCUGCUCUAUGCAUGCAAAACACAGCCUCAUUAAAUUGGGGAUGUUCGUUUACUCUCUGUAUUCGAUCAUAAAUAUCUCCGAAGGAUUCUUGAUAUAUAUUAUCAACACUAAUUAAUGUUAAUGUUAAGCAAUUUGAGUUCAUGAGCAGUGACAAAUACUCGGCGUCAUCACGUUGAAGAAUCGACUUCGCCUUGUUAGACAUGUUUUACAGAUGUUAUCCCAGUGAAUUCUACAUCUUGCUUUAUUUACUGACACUGCGACUGGGGGAAAAAUGCAGAGCAUUGGUCCGUUUAUGACGGCUCCAUGGUUUAAAAGAAAGUUGUAAAACUCGCAUGUAUUGAUGGAUCACGACUUCUUGGUUGUGGUGCUAGAGAUGUGACUCAUUGACUUGAAAUAUGGACUUGUUCUCAUCCAUUUGUUUUUCAUUAUACUCACCCUCCUUGUUACAAAUUUUCGAAUCAAUUGUAUUGGCGCCUAGUUGUACCAGCAUUUAUAUUUUAGAUAAAAUCAGAUAGGAAUUUGAUUAGACCAUCUGACUUACAAUGUACUGAUCCCCUAUUUUGUGAAAUAUACCGGGUGUUACUUAAUACAUUACUUUCGUGAUUUAGUUUCUGUUUUAUAUUCGUUUUUAGGUAUGUUUGUGUAAAUGAGAUAUGAAGUGCUCUUUGUUCUGCCUACAUUAGCAAAAUAACCACACAAUUUGGAGAUCAGUUGUUUAUUGGAUGAUUAUGUCUGUCUUCGCAAAUCAUGAUGCCAUUCAUAUGAAUCAUGGAGUCUCAGACGAAUCCGUUUUAUAUACACAUUCGUAUUUAAUUCCUCCACUAAACCAACUGGAAAAUGAUAUUCUUAAGUCAGAUCCAGAUAUUCUUACAUGUGUACAGUCUAAUAGGUCUCAUUCACCUAGUCAGCAAAUAUAUGAUAUGCUUGAUAGUACAGUUCUUUCUGAUAAUCCAAUCCAAACCAUAACUAAUUCCUCAUGCAAAUCUCAAAUCUCACUAAAAUCUAGUUCUUGCGACACAAGUAACGCCAAUUUAAAUGUCGAUAUAAAACCCUCUUUCAUUUACACUGACCAUCCUCAAAUAAUUAAUCAAUCCUUCUUAACAGAUCUUCACAAUCAUACUGAUAUUCGUACGGUUACUUCGGAUACCAACCUUAAUCUUUGUCCCAUAGCUGAUUCAAUUAACAGUACUCAUCUUCAGGAAUUUGUUUAUAACACACCUCAAAAAUUUCCUCAUAUGUUACCUCCCGAUACUCACCAACACACUGUGUACCCUGAUAAUGUAGUAUCAGAACCAUUCACUAGUCUGCUUGCUUCUGGGAGUUCAAACGAAACCUCCACAUCUUAUUUACCCCAAGUUACAAAAGUUGAGACUAAUUCUCUUACUGUUUCUCAGUCUCCAACGUUGUUGUUUGUCGAUCCUAACAAGACAAAACCUGAGAGUAGGGAAUGUUUCCUUGAACAAAUUCCUUCCGAAUUGGCUAGCCAGUCUUCAUCAGCUACUUCUGUAAAUACAACUAAUUUGAAUCCAAUUUGUGUAAUUUGUGGUGAUAAAGCCAGUGGCAAACAUUAUGGUGUAAUUUCGUGCGAAGGAUGUAAGGGGUUUUUUAAACGAACAGUGCGUAAACAAUUAGUAUAUGUUUGUCGGGAAUCAGGUCAAUGUCCUGUAGACAGACGGAAGCGUACACGUUGUCAGCAUUGCCGUUUUGAGCAGUGCUUAGCAAAGGGAAUGAAGAAGGAAGCUGUUCAAGAAGAGCGUCAUCGCCAACCAUCAUCAAAUCCAGUGCCUUCAAUUCCUAAGCCGCCAAAGAGUGAAAAGAAAGGUCCUGGGCGUCGUUCAGCAUUUAGUAACAAAUCUGCUGACUCAGUUGUUACUGAUCAACAUCCGAACAUUAAUCAUGAUUCACCACCUAGUAUUUCUAUGACCAUUACCACUACUGACUGCGUACAAUCUAAUCAAGUUAAAUCAGAAAGUUCAACUACCUGUAUUCAAUCUAAUGAUGUAUUGCUAUCCGACGAAACAGAUCUACCCAAUUUAACAUUACGAUGUUUACUUUCGGCUGAAUUAAGCAUGGAUCCUAAAUUGGCUGUAUCAGAAAGAGGUGAAGCAAUUUAUGAAGAUAUACCUGGUGAUGAUGAUACUGGUUUACAUCCAUUGACCAUAAUCUGUCAGUCUAUAGAACAACAAUUACCUCGAAUAGUUAAUUGGGCUCGUCAGUUACCAGUAUUUUCAUCUGCCUAUCUUAGUUUUGAUGAUCAGUUCUGUUUAAUAAAAGCUGCUUGGCCUGAAUUAGUUCUAAUCAGCUCAGCAUAUCAUUCAACUGUUAUUAGAGACGGUCUACUUUUAUCAAUUGGACGUCAUCUUGGUAGAGAGGUGGCUAAAUCACAUGGUCUAGGCCCUCUUGUUGAUAGAAUUCUUCAUGAACUUGUUGCACGUUUUCGUGAUUUAUCGUUACAAAGAACUGAAUUAGCUUUACUACGUGCUAUUAUUCUUUUUAAUCCUGAUGCUAAUGGCUUAUCAUCACGUCAUCGCGUAGAAGCUGUCAGGGAGCAGCUUUAUUCAGCUCUUCAUUCGUAUUGUACGACUAAUCAACCCCAAGAUACUUCCCGUUUCACAAAAUUACUACUAAGAUUACCUCCUUUACGAUCCAUCGCAUACAAGUGCCUUGAACAUUUGGUAUUUGUCAAAUUAGCAGCUGAAGACCCAACAAGUUGUCGUUUGAUCAAUCUUGUUGAACAUGGUGUUUGGCCUAUACAAGAGAAAAGUUUUGAACUUGCCACUUUACCAUCCGAUAGUGCAUCUACAGACUCAGUGCCAAGUCAAAUUACUAUGGUCCCUACUCCUCAGUACAUUCAACAUCAAGAUGAUAAUUCACUACCAACCAGUAGUCAUACUGAUCUCUCCUACACACACACAUUGCCAAAUUUCCAUACAGUUCAGAAUUAUCCGUUUUGAAAAUACAACUAUUAAAGACGAGGAGUCAACAGCUUGUAGGAAUUUUCUUGAGCUCUCACAAUGAUAUAUAUCAGAUCUCAUGUCAUGCUUAUCAACUACUGCCUCAUCAUCACUAUACAUGAUUAUUAUUUUCUAUUGAAUGAUUUUUCGAUCAGUUGUUUUUUCUACUCUUUUCGUUCUCUUUUUGCAGUCAGUUUAGGAAAUGAAAUAUUUCCAUUCUUUAAAUUUAUGUGUAUGUAUAUUUUACAACUAAAAAGGUAGUUACGUAGAUAAAUGAGUGUUUCUCACUACUCACAUAACAACUAUGAAUUCCAUUCAUGGCUUUUUAUUCUUUACCUGAAACCUGUUGCUCACUAUGAGAAAAAAGUUUGCUUGUUAUUUUUUUUUCUAAUACUAAAGAUUGUUAGUUCAUGAUUGUUGAUUUUGUAUAGUUCUCAUAGGUUUGUAUAUAUAUAUAUAUGUAUAUUUUUUUAAAGAGUUGUUUUAACGCAAGCUUUCUCCUUAUUUUUAAUCCGAACACCAGUCGUAUGGGCGUAUAAUUGAUAAUAUGUUUCUGGUUGAUAACAAUAGUAAUUCACCAGGCACUCAGGUAUGAACAUCACUCGCAGUGUGAUGGCUAAUGACACUACCACGUUAUCCAAACUGUAGUGGAGCGAGGAGAGAACCUUGGAUUUAGUGGUUGAAAGUCCAACCCAUUAAUCACUUAAUCAAUGGGUUGCUAUAUAUAGGAUAGUAUAGAAGCAAAAGUAAUAAACUGUGACCCACGCAUUUCAUAAACUUUAUUGUUGCUAAGUCUAUAUAAUAAGAUACAGUUACAUAAAAAAAGUAAAGAAUUACGUGAAAAAUCCUGGAGAUCUUUAAUUACUCUGGAAUUCAACCAAAUGCAAAGACGCUUAUAUGUUAUUGCUUAAAUCUAAUUGAUUACGUGAAUUACUAUAAUACUGAAAUACUAGAAAAUAUCAGUUAAAGAGUUUAUGUUGUUGAGGAGCUUCCAAUUUAUUUAAAGGAACAAUUCUUGAGUUACUUUGUGUGUCUGAAUGUACAAUAGGUUCUAGAUAAUGGAACUUUGAGCCUCAGGAUUAUUCAUGUAACGUCAUCAACUUUAAAUUUGCAGUUGAGAGAGAUGGGCUUUUGCUGGCUUCCCACUUUCAUGUGGUCUUUAAUUUUUCUAUAUCUAUCAGUAGACUUUUGUAAAUAGAUGUUAUGUCUCAACGUUUAUCAAUCCUUUCUCGAAAUAAUCGACCUUGUAUUGUUUUUGGUCUAAAGAGCAAUUAAUUUAUAACUAACUAUGAUUUUAAUGAUCACAAAUAUCUAAAAAAAGUUGUUUUGUAAGUUUCAGCUGGUUAAUGCAGUUAAACCUUUUGAUCUGAAGUGUAGUUAUGUUAGUUUUCUAACUCUAUAUCAUUUGUAAUUUGUCUCAAAAUAUCAAUUCGCAUAUAAAACUAUUCCAUUUAAAUAUGGCAUACUAGAUCUUUUAAAAAGCAAUAAUUCCAUUGGACGGUACUAAUAUGGUGAAUAUGAACGCAGUCUGGGACAACCAAACGUACUUCAGUACAAAAUUACAGUUCUUUGGUAAAACGUGAAAACCACACAUUCGAUACUUCCUCUGCAAAAACUCCAUCAAUUGUUUUAACUUCUACUGUUCCUUCAUUUGCAUAAGGAUUACUAUCUGUUCCCGUUCUCAUUGAUCCGUCUUCCCAACUUUCUACUACCAGGCCUCCCAUUUCUGAUUGGUGCUAUAUACUACUUAUAUCUGUCUACGUCAGUAGCACACACCACACUAACAAUCCUAAAUUUAUACGCUGUAGUAUUAAAUGAUGUAUUUACCUUGAAUAUGCUCUCAGGAAUAUUAAUUUGAAUUUAUAAUUGCAGACCGUAAU